UGGGAAAGUGGGAGGUGGGGGUUGUCCACUCCAGUGCAUGGGCUCUGAGUUCCAGGAAGAGAGAAUUGGCAUGAGAACUGGGUAAGGCCUGGACCCUCAAUCUCCAGAGCACCUCUCUGUCUUCCUGGGUCCAGAUUAAACCCUUUGCUCACUGGCCUACUUCAGGAGUCUCACAAACUGGCCUACCUGGCCUGCAGUGGGCCCAGGCUUGUUUUUUCCUACCCGCAGGAGACUAUGUUGGCCUCGGGCACUAGGGGGUAGGGGACUCAGAACUGCCUCUGGGGAGACAGACUGAAGCGCUCAUCUGGAAAGUUAAAGCAUAUAGGGCUGGCCUCCUGUCCUGUAUCCCAGUGGAUGGUUAGGGAGAGGGACAACAAGGGAGGACAGAGGAAAGAGUCCUGGACUAAAUUCCAGAAAACCUGGGGCAGUGCUCUAACUUUCUGCAUGUAUGAUCCUGGGCAAGUCACUUAACUCCCUAAGGGGCAGCGUCCCCAUCUGGAUCCUGUCUUGUGGAACCAGGGCCUGGUAAGCUGGAGUGGUGCAUCCAAGGAUGGGCUGGAAGGGGCCAGGUCGAUGCCAAAGACACUGGGCCCCCAGGGAUUUCCAGCUGGCAUGCCCUGGGGUUGAGGCCAGGCCAGCCCCUACCCAGCUCUGGGGAAGCAGGGGUGGGGAAACUAACCACAAAGGCUGGCUAAUGCUUCUUCCCGUUCCCCAGAUUUGGGGAUUGUGAGCCUGGAUGGAGAUCAGAACCAAUGCCUUUUAGUUUACCCAGAAAGAGAUGGCCGUGAGAAUCCCUCUCAGAGAUUAGUCCCCACUCGGAGAGAGCGCUCGCUCGGGCGGCGCCAGGGCGGAGCUGAGCUCCAGAUGUCCGGGCGCGUACAGCUGUAGGGUCACGUGGCAGCAGCCUCGGUCCCCCCCUUCCUGCCAACGUUGCAUUUGGCCCAGGCCCCGUCCAUGGCCGCCCUUGGGACCCUGCGCUGAGCCCCGGAGGCCCCGGCAUCCGGGGCCAAGCUGCUCCCAAGGGCCGAACGUGUGUCAGGAUCCCAAGGAUCGCCGUGGUGGGGGGCGCGGGCGCCGGCCACGCGGACAUGAGGCGGAGGCUGCGCCUACGCGGAGAAGCAUCUAUCACGCUGCUCCUCGGCGCCGCCCUCGGCCUCCUGCUUUAUGCGCAGCGCGAUGGCGCGGCCCAGACAACGAGUGCGCCGCGAGCUGAAGGAGUGGCGGCGCCAGGGCCCACCCCGGGGGUCCGAGUGUUUGAGGCGCCGGACACGGGCGCGGCCCCGCCGGUCUAUGAAGGGGACACGCCGGAGCCGCCCACGCCCACACCCACGGGACCCUUUGACUUUGGCCGCUAUCUACGUGCCAAGGACCAGCGGCGCUUCCCUCUGCUCAUUAACCAGCCACACAAGUGCCGAGGAAAUGGCGUACCUGCUGACGGACCUGACCUGCUCAUCGCCGUCAAGUCAGUGGCGGCGGACUUCGAGCGGCGCCAAGCCGUGCGCCAGACGUGGGGUGCUGAGGGUCGUGUGCAGGGGGCGCUCGUGCGCCGGGUGUUCUUGCUGGGCGUGCCCAGGGCCGCAGGCGCGGACGGGGCAGACGCGGCAGACGCGGAGGGGGCGGGCACUCGAACGCACUGGAGCGCUAUGUUGCGUGCCGAGAGCCGCGCAUACGCAGACAUCCUGCUCUGGGCCUUCGACGACACUUUCUUCAACCUAACGCUCAAGGAGAUCCACUUUCUGGCCUGGGCCUCCGCCUACUGCCCCGACGUGCGCUUCGUUUUUAAGGGCGACUCCGACGUGUUUGUGCACGUGGGAAAUCUGCUGGAGUUCCUGGCGCCGCGGGACCCGGCGCAGGAUCUGCUUGCAGGUGAUGUGAUCGUGCAGGCGCGGCCAAUCCGCCGGCGGACCAGCAAGUACUACAUCCCUGAGGCUGUAUACGGCCUGCAGGCGUAUCCGGCCUACGCAGGCGGCGGUGGCUUCGUGCUCUCUGGAGCCACGCUACACCGCUUGGCCGGCGCCUGCGCGCAGGUUGAGCUCUUCCCCAUCGACGAUGUCUUUCUGGGAAUGUGUCUGCAGCGACUGCGUCUCACGCCUGAGCCUCACCCUGCUUUCCGAACCUUUGGUAUCCCUCGACCUUCAGCCGCCCCGCACCUACGCACCUUCGAUCCCUGCUUUUACCGCGAGCUGGUUGUAGUGCACGGGCUUUCGGCUGCUGACAUCUGGCUUAUGUGGCACUUGCUGCAUGGGCCGCAUGGGCCAGCCUGUGCACGUCCAUGGCCUGUUGCUGCUGGCCCCUUCCAGUGGGGCCCCUAGCACCUAUCAUAUAGCUCCUCACUCCGCUCAUUCAGACCCAGUACGAAGUGGGAGGUAGUUUGAAGGGUAGGUUUCCCAGACCGUUUAGUGGUCUAUGCGGUUCUUCCCUAGAAAGGGCAUCCAGGCGUCUGCCUCCACGAUGUGCCAGGGAAUGCAUUUGGUUCCUGCUGGCCCACCUUGCUGGAAGGUGACCUGGAACCAAUCUAAUGGUGGCUUUUGGAGAUAGCCAGGGCUGAGACGGCGGAACACCAGGCUCUUUGCCAAGCAGGUGAACGUUUGGUCCUCCUACUAGGAAUGUGUGUAUUGUGGGUGGGGUGGUGGUGGCAGAGGCUCAUGGAAUGGGACCAGACUCCUUAGUUUGGAACUGCUAGGGUAAUGCUGACAAAUGUAGGUCUCCCUCAAGGCUGGACCCUAUAUGGAGGGGUAGGAGUCUGGCUUCAGUCUUCAUGGAACUGGCAAGCAUUCUGCCAUAGCUCAAUCUGAAAGCAGUUGUUUUUGCCUCAAAACUGCACCUCCAAAUUGGAUUUGUAUACCUGUCCAGGUCUUUAUUAUUUUUUUCUUUUCUUUUUACAGCUGCACCUGAAGCAUAUGGAAGUUUCCCCACCAGGAGUCAAAUCAGAGAUGCAGCUGCUGAUCUAAACCACAGCCACACCAACACCAGAUCUUGGCCACCCACACCGCAGCUUGCUGCAAUACUAGAUCCUUAAUCCACUGAGUGAGACCAGGGAUCGAAUCCACAUCCUCAUGGCUACUAGUGGGUUUAACUCUUUGAGCCACAACGGGGAACUCCCUGUCUAGAUCUUUAGAUCUUCUAAUGCCUACUUUCCUGGGACCAAAUCCUUCUGAGCCCUGGACUAGCUGGAACAUCAGGGAUGGAGGCACAAAGGGACUCUGCACAUUGUCCUACCUACUCUUCCAGCUACUAAGGGAAAAAAUUCUUCACCUACACGAUGCCAGUCUCCUGCUGGAGCCUGUGUUGCCCUGCACUCCUCAGAGGAGCCAAGGAACCUCUUCUAAGAAUGCUGUGCUGUACAUUUUCCCAUAUUCUUCAACCACUCCCUUUCUCAAAAAAAAAAAAAAAAAAAAAUCAACACCUCCAUGCUUAUUUUAGUACAAACAUCUCAGCAACAGCACAUGGUGAGCUGCUGCUGGGGGCUUAGGUUUUUAUUGGAGAAGGGGUAUAGGCAGGGCAAUGAAGAAGGCUCCCCCAUUCUAGGAGGACAGGAACAGUCCUGGCUGCCCCACGGAAGGGAGUGCGGGGGUGGGUCUCUGGCCAGGCCAUAGUCCACAUGGGAAGACACACCAAUCAGUCACAAAGUCAUGGGAACGUCACACAAGCCUGGUUGUAGGGCCAGGCACCACAAAGAAGCCUGGGGCAGGUCCCCUGCACGUUCAUUGUUAAACUAUACAGGAUGAGGCUGUACAUGAGUUAAUUACAAAAGAGUCGUAUUUACAAAAAUCUGUACACACAUCUGAAAAACUCACAAAAUUGUCAUCUAUGUAUCACAAGUUACUAGACCAAAAUAUUAAAAAUGGGAUAAAAUUAUACAUUUCUCUUCUCAAUUCUUUUCAAAAGGAUUAAUAAUAUUCUUAAAGCACAUAUGCUACUUUCUUUUUAAUUUCUUUUUUUCUUUUUUGGGGCCGCACCUGCAGUAUAUGGAGAUUCCCAGGCUAGGGGUCUAAUCAGAGCUACAGCUGCUGGCCUACACCACAGCCACAGCAAUGCCAGAUCCGAGCUGCGUCUGCGACCUACAUACACCACAGCUCACAGCAACACUGGAUCCUUAACCCACUGAGCAAGGCCAGGGUGGAACCCGCAACCUCACGGUUCCUAGUCGGAUUCCUUUCCGCUGCACCGUGAUGGGAACUCCAUAUGCUACUUUCUUCAGCAAAUCCCAAGAAGAGACUGAGCAGCCCAGCCCUCCUCGAGCCCCAGAGGCCUUGAGCCAUCAGUGGGCCAGCCAGGGCACACUGUCCAGGGGCAGGGGAGCCAAGCCCACAGUGCAGAACAGAAUGCUGAAACACAACAAAAGGACGAAGAUGUCUUUGGCGAAAACUUUGGCAUUAAAUAAAAGAGGCAAACAGGAUGGAAACAUGCAGCCCUGCCAGCCAGGUUGGGGCAGAGUGGGGGCACAGGUGACCUUAGAGGCUGGCUCCAAGAAGGGUGGGAACCGGGCCUGGGUACGUACCUUGACGGUAGAAAGUUGUGUUUCAACCAGUUGGGUGUGCCUACUGGGCCUGGCAGGGAGCGCGUGCAAGAAAGGAACAGGGGUGGGCAGGUGG